AGUCUGUAAUGCCAAGAUGUUUCUUCAUCUAUUAUUUGUAGCUCGUGCAUAUGUUUUAUUUGAAACUCUGUUUCUUUUUCUUUCCGACGUAGAGCUGUUGCCUAGAUAAUCCAGUCUCUUGUGUCAUGCCAGUUACAGAAUGCGGUUAUAUAUACUACUGUAUGGGAAGGUAAAAUUUUGCAAGCAGAGAGCCAGAAAUCAAGUUGCGACAAGUCGACUGAUGAAUACUUGCCACGUUUUUAAGUUGUAUCUGUCCUGCACCUAGGAUCGGAAAGCGAUCUAAACAAUGAGAAAAGGUCAGUAGGUCAGGAAAAAGGACAAAUCAUCACUCAUAUAUUCAAACCAUUACUCAUAUGUCCAGUACUAAGUAUUUUGAGCUAGAGCACUAUAGAAGUACUUAAUAUUUCAUAUUUGGAGUAGUAUAUACUGUUGUGUAUCAUAAUAUUGUAUUUAUAUUUCUUAUUUACUUACAUAUAGUGAAAUUAAGAAAUUUAUAUUCCAGUGCUAAAUAUUCUGGAAGAACAGCUUCCAUUUUGGUUCUGUGGUUGGCUGAUUUAUUCUUCCAAAGAUGAACUUGAGCGUAUUGUUUCCUGCUGCAAUCUCUCCUUCAGUCUUCAUUAUUUCAGUUCAAUUUGUUAUGUGAUUGCAUAGUGUUUGGAAAUUGGAACAGGGCCCGUAUCCCUUUACUCAACAGGAGCUGUGGGGAUAUUAUAUGUUCCUUAGCCAGAAAUUGUGAAAGACAUGGGCCACUGGACUCCAUCGGAGUGCGGGAAGCCACAUUAUCUGAUGAAAUCACGUAAACCUCCCUUUGGAGAAGGGUGUGAUAGGGCUAAUUGUGGAUGCAACAGUUUCACUGUUACAAGCAUGGGAGAAUUGGUGGAUAGCACAGGAGGUAGUAAGGAGAUCUAUGUUGAUGUAUACCUGAGAAACUUUUCAGUGCAUGUGAUUGCCAGAACUUGUUUUGGGAGCAGUUUUUACAAAAGGAAAAUGCAUAUUGUUCGAGCUCAGGCAGCUCCGGAAGGCAAUUUGUCAUCAUGAUACAUUCGAAAUACUUGCCUACAAAGAGCAACCUGGAGAUACGAAAGCUAGAUCAAGAAAUCCGGUUACUGAUCCUGGAUCUCUCCAAGGAACACAGGAGCAGAAGCCACAGCAAUGAUGUCAAGCACAUGUCCACACAUAACAACCAUCUGCAUGCCAUCAAUAAAUGGAUGAUUCCGUACAAAAGUCAUCUGGUCAAUUGAUUGUUAAUGGUUGCCAAGGUUUGCAAGCAGCCUAUAUAAAAGUGCAAAGGUCAAACAAGAGAACUCAAUCACAUGCUCAUAUAGAGUUGGUUUCUUGAAGACCUAGCGUACUUGCCUCAUAUCAAUUUUUCCCCAGAACACUUUCUUCCCCUCAUCCUGUGCCGCAUGGAGGAGUUGCCUGCAUUAACCAUUGCUCUUGUUAUUCUUAGCUUGGUUUUGUCAUACUUGUUACACCAGGUAUGCCUAAGGUCAGAGAACAUAAGGAAGAAGCUGAGGCGCCAAGGCGUAAAGGGUCCCAAGCCUACUGUGUUCUUCGGCAACACCAAAGAGAUGAAGAGGAUCCAGCAAGAGCUCCAGAUUGUGCAAACGCAAGAUGCCAACAACUACUUGUCCACCCUAUUCCCUCACCUCCUCCUCUGGAGGGAAACUUAUGGUCCGGUGUUCAUAUACUCAACGGGAGCUCUAGAGAUACUGCAUGUUUCUGAUCCAGAACUGGUGAAGGACAUUGGCCACUGCACGCCAUCAGAGCUGGGGAAGCCUAAUUAUCUAAAAAGAUCUCGCAAAGCCUUAUUUGGUGGAGGUUUGUUUACACUGAAUGGUGAUGAAUGGGCCUAUCAGAGGAAGCUCAUGGCACCGGAGUUCAUCAUGGACAAGAUUAAGGGUAUGAUAGAGCUGAUUGAGGAUGCAACUGUUCCAUUGUUGGAAUCAUGGGAGAGCAUUCUCGACAAUGCGGGAGGGAGUGGGGAGAUAGCUGUUGAUGAUUACUUGCGGAAGUUGUCAGCAGAUGUAAUCGCCAGGGUUUGUUUCGGGAGUAGUUUCACAAGAGGUGAAGAUAUAUUUUGCAAGCUUAGGCAGCUUCAAAAGGCAGUUUCUCAGCAAGAUGCCCUCGUGGGACUAUCUGCAUUUUGGAAGUACCUGCCUACCAGGGCCAUCCGAGAAAUAGGAAAGUUGGAGGAGGAAGUUCGGUUACUGAUCCUGGAUGUCAUAAAGGAACACAAUAACAGCACGGACAAUGACCUUCUUCGCGUCAUUAUCGAUGGUGCACAAGGUUGUCACCUGCAAGGGCGUGAGGCUGAGGACUUCAUCAUCGGCAACUGCAAGGGCAUGUACUUCGCCGGGCAUGGUACCACAGCAGUCACAAUGAUUUGGUGUCUGAUGUUACUGGCCGCACACCCUGAGUGGCAGGAACAUGCCCGAGCUGAGGCUGCAGAGAUCUGCCUGGGGGGAGCAACACUCGAUGUCGAGGCUCUUCGCCGACUCAAAAUCAUCACGAUGGUGAUCCAAGAGACUCUCCGGCUGUACCCUCCGGCAUCGCUGAUGAUGCGCGAGGCCCUGACGGACGUCAAGAUGGGCGGCCUGGACGUCCCCCGCGGAACUAUCAUCCAGGUGGCCAGAUCGAUGCUGCACCUGGACGAGGACGCCUGGGGCCCCAACGCCGGCGAGUUCCGUCCGGACCGGUUCGCCAACGGUGUGGCCGUGGCGUGCAGGCCGGCGCACAUGUACAUGCCGUUCGGGCACGGGCCCAGGACCUGCAUCGGGCAGAACCUGGCGAUGGUUGAGCUGAAGGUGGUGCUGGCCCGCCUGCUGACCAGGUUCUCCUUCGCGCCGUCGCCGAGGUACCGGCACGCACCCGUGUUCCGGCUGACCAUCGAGCCUGGCUUCGGCAUGCCCCUUGUGGUGACAAAGCUGUGAUCAUGCUCGCCUGUGGGCUCUCUCUCACCGUUUGUAUGUGAUGCUACUGCUGACAAUGCGCCGAGUACCAAGCCUACCUUGUGAAAGUGAAACCAGUCAGGCACUCAGGCUGUCAGGCAGCUCUCCUGCAAUUAUGAAUUCUGUCUGUCUGUUUCUGUACCAGUUCGAGCUGUCUAAGAAGCCAAAGCGAAAUGCCACGGUGCAUUGUGUA